AUGGAUCAUUCGCAGGUCUGUAUCAUCCCUGGAGCGUCAGCCUUUUCCGAAUUUCGACGUCAGGCUCUAGCCGCCAACGUGGGAGCCCGUGACGUUCAAGGACAGUACAUGCACUAUGUGGAACUUGUGGAAUCACUUGAUUCUGAGAGCCAUGCUCUACUGGAAAAAUUGUUGACUCAUGGCAACUAUGUAGAAGCCCAAGAAAAGGAAGACGAACCGUCAACUGUUCUCUAUGUCCUACCUCGACCAGGCACUAUCUCUCCAUGGAGUUCAAAGGCCACCAAUAUCGCUCAUGUUUGCGGACUUCAAAAAGUAGUUCGUCGAAUCGAACGAGGUGUCAGGAUUACGGUAUACCUUGAAAAUGGACAGUCUCUGGGCCGAUCAAGCCUUGACUUCCUGCAUGACCGGAUGACAGAGACCAUUUCGGAAAACGAGCCAGAUCUCAAUCUCUUGUUCAUGCACCAUCAACCUGGGCUGUUGGGUACAUACGACCUAUACAGCGGUGGACGGAGUCCCUCAGAAAUGCUUCAAGAUUUGAAUCGCAAGCUAGGACUUGCUCUUGACGCUUCAGAAAUCCAGUAUCUCGUCGAAGCCUACUCGAAAGACGGGCCCGUCCCGAGAAAGCCUACAGACGUUGAGCUCUUCAUGUUUGCUCAGGUGAACUCGGAGCACUGCAGACACAAGAUUUUCAAUGCUAGCUGGACCAUUGAUGGGAAACCCAAGACUAACACGCUGUUUGGCAUGAUCAGAAACACGCACAAACACACUCCGGAAGGCACCAUCAGUGCAUACAGCGACAAUGCAGCUGUGCUCAAAGGCAGCAAUGGGAGUCAAUGGGCGCCUGACGACCUCAACGGCCAAUGGAAAGCGACGAAAGAACCGGUGGAGUUCCUCAUCAAGGUCGAGACUCAUAACCAUCCUACCGCUGUUUCUCCCUUUCCGGGAGCGGCAACUGGUUCAGGGGGCGAGAUCCGGGAUGAAGGAGCAACAGGAAGAGGAGCAAAACCCAAAGCGGGUCUCGCGGGAUUCUGUGUGUCUGAUCUGCUGAUACCGGAUCACCGCCAACCGUGGGAACUCGACUAUGGCAGACCCAGUCACAUCGCUAGCAGUCUCGACAUAAUGCUCGAAGCACCCAUUGGAAGUGCUGCCUUCAACAAUGAAUUCGGUCGACCAUGCACUGCUGGGUAUUUUAGGACGUUGCUGGUGGAAAUGAGAACGGGCAAAGACUCCACAGAAAUCAGAGGCUAUCAUAAGCCCAUCAUGAUUGCAGGAGGCGUCGGGACUGUUCGACCUCAGCAUGCUCUCAAGGACCCCGACAUUGUCAAAGACGGAGCAUUCCUGAUUGUCAUGGGCGGGCCAGCCAUGCUCAUCGGCCUGGGAGGAGGGGCCGCAUCGAGUGUCAGCUCUGGAGAAGGGUCUGCCGAGCUGGAUUUUGCUAGUGUUCAGCGAGGCAACCCCGAAAUGCAGCGACGGGCGCAAGAAGUCAUUAAUGCAUGUACCGCGCUCGGUUCACACAACCCUAUACUCUUCAUUCACGAUGUCGGUGCCGGAGGUCUGUCCAAUGCGUUACCAGAACUCGCCAAAGAUUCUGGUCUCGGUGCAGAAUUUGAGCUUCGAGACAUCGACUGUGCAGACAAGAGUAUGAGCCCUCUCCAGAUAUGGUGCAAUGAAGCCCAAGAACGGUAUGUUCUUGCGGUAGCACAGGAGGGUAUGAACAAAUUCAGGGCCAUUGCGAAACGAGAACGGUGUGGGAUCUCUGUUGUGGGAAGAGCCACGAGGCGGCAAGUGUUGAAGCUCACAGACCGCGAUCACCCCGCAGAUGGCCAUGGCCAACAAGAUCCUAUCGACCUCCCAAUGGAGGUUCUUUUCGGGAAACCGCCCAAGAUGACCCGUGAUGCCAGUUCACGCAAAGCCGAAUUACCAGGCUUUGAUACCAGCUUGAGCCUGUAUGUCCCGCAGGCGUCAAUGAACGGUUUGCUCCAGGAGGCAAUUGAUCGAGUGCUCCAAAUGCCAGCUGUCGGAUCCAAAUCCUUCUUGAUCACAAUAGGAGACAGAACAGUUGGUGGGCUCAUAACCAGAGAUCAAAUGGUCGGCCCCUGGCAAGUUCCUGUGGCAGAUGUGUCUGUUACAGCGACAUCACUUACCACCGGUAUUAAGAGUGGAGAGGCAAUGGCAAUGGGCGAGAAACCAACCAUUGCACUAAUUUCACCAGCAGCAUCUGCACGUAUGGCAGUGGCUGAAUCACUGAUGAACUUGACUGCUGCAGAUCUACCCGAUCGCCUUCAUCAGGUCAAGCUGUCCGCCAACUGGAUGUCCGCGUCCACUCAUCCGGGCGAAGGUGCAGGGAUUUAUGAAGCUGUGGAGGCAUUGGGCAUGGAUUUGUGCCCCAAACUCGGCGUCUCAAUUCCGGUUGGGAAAGAUUCCAUGUCCAUGAAGAUGAAAUGGACAGAUUCUCAAACCAAGGAGGCAAAGGAAGUCACAAGUCCCUUAUCGGUUGUUAUAUCUGCCUUUGCCCCUGUUCUGGACAUAAGGAAGACGUGGACGCCGCAGCUAAAAAGAUACAACGAAGUGGGGGAAACGACUCUGUUUUUCGUGGAUCUAGGUCUCGCACAUCGCGCCUUGGGAGGGUCCGCUCUCACACAAUCUUUCAAACAAACUGGCGAUGAAGCGCCCGACAUUCGCUCCGUCUCCUUGCUCAAAGACUUUUUCGACGCAACACAACAACUUCAUGAACAAGGGCUUGUGCUGGCAUAUCACGACCGUUCUGACGGCGGCCUCUUCGUGACACUGGCAGAAAUGUCAUUUGCUGGUCGCUGCGGUAUAGAAAUCAUGAUCAACGACAUAUGUCCCACACCGAACACACCGGAUGUGAUAUCUACAUUAUUCAACGAAGAAUUGGGGGCGGUGUUCCAGGUCCGUAAAUCUGACGAGAAUCACUUCAAGGCCUGUUUCGCAACGUGUGGUCCUCCUCCCGGCCUUAUCCACAAGAUCGGUCGUGUUUCCACAAAGUCGUCCUCUCAGAAUAUGGCGAUCUAUCACGGUGGGAAACUGAUCUACCGUGCAACUCGUGGAGAGCUGCAACAAAAAUGGUCAAACACGUCGUAUUGGCUCCAACGACUUCGGGACAAUCCUUCAUGUGCGGACUCGGAAUAUAAGGCGAUCCUCGAUGAUGCUGAACCAGGGUUGAGCUAUAAUCUUAGCUUCGACCCCAAGGAGAAUAUCAACACAUACAAAGCGUCGUUACUCAAUUACGUGCGUCCCACCGCUCGACCACGAGUUGCCAUUUUGCGAGAUCAGGGCACCAACGGCCACGCGGAAAUGGCAUUCGCUUUCGAAGCCGCCGGAUUUACUGCGAUAGACGUCCACAUGUCCGACAUUCUGGACCCCAAACCACACCAGUCACAUCUUGGUAUCGACCAUGAUCUCUCUUCCUUCGUGGGUCUUGCUCUCUGCGGCGGUUUCAGCUUUGGCGACUGCCUUGGUGCAGGCCAGGGUUGGGCGAAAUCCAUCCUCUUCCACCCCACAACACGCCAGAAAUUCCAGACCUUCUUCGAAAGGAAGGACACGUUCGCGCUCGGCGUCUGCAACGGAUGUCAGGUCCUCUCCAAACUCAAAGAGUUGAUUCCCGGCGCAGACAAAUGGCCUUCCUUUGAGCGAAACGAAUCCGAACAGUACGAGGCCCGAGUCUGCAUGGUCAAAGUGUCGGACCCCCCGGCGGAAUCCGGCAUGGCUCCCAGCGUCUUCUUCCACGGCAUGAGCGGGUCUUCAUUCCCCAUCGCCGUCGCACACGGUGAAGGGCGCGCGUCGUUCACCACCGAUCUCCCAUCGCCGCACACGGGCGACAAGACCUGGGACGCCUCUCUCGCUCACGACUUCGCGUACGCCAACCUCGCACCCAUCCGGUACGUCGACAACAAAUCCCUGCAGCCCACGACGGCUUACCCAGCUAACCCGAACGGGAGUCCCGCGGGCAUUGCUGGCGUGCGGAGCCAGGAUGGACGUGUCCUGGCGCUGAUGCCUCAUCCCGAACGUACCAUCUUGGCCGGCGUGGGCAGCUACAUCCCCGACCACGCCCUCAAAGGAGAGAAGGACGCAUGGGGCGACUGGGGCGAGUACGGGCCGUGGUUGAGAUUAUUCCAGAGUGCGAGGAGAUGGGUUGGAUAG